AUGGGUCUUCCGCCGUUUGAUGAGCCCACAGUUGAGCGGUGAUGUCACAGUGUGUGCUUUGGUUCUUGCCAUUUGCACGGCAAGGAGCAGCCACUCGGGGAUACGGACGCCUGUUUACACGCGCCACCUCUCGGCUGGAAGCGCUGCUCAGACCGUCCCUUCCCGCCCCUAGGAUCCGGCCUCUGCCCCGCCCCGAAUUGGUGCGGCGCCCGCUGGCUUGGCAGAUUCCAGCGCAGAGAGGCUGGACUUGUAGGCGCAGCAGCUCCGGAGGCGAGCUGGACUGAGUGAGGGCCGGCAAAGGCCGGCGGGGACGCGACCAGGGCUAUGCUGGGCAAGGAUUACAUGCUGGCCAUCAUUCUGGUCAAUUGCGAUGGUGUGCACGGAGGGUCCCAAUGGGAGGAUCGGGAGCUGAGGGGGGACGAGGAGGUAGCGUGAGAGGCUACCCCAGGCUCAAAGACAGGGAGGGGUUACGUACGUCUGGAGGUGAGCACCAGAGAACAAAUGAAUCCUGAUUUUUGCACUGCCAUAAGAUUGAGAAGCCUGGACCCUUAUUCCGGACCUUCAGCCCAAAGGUUGACCCUUUUGAGUUGGAGGAAGGGUUAUGACAAAGUGUGAUUCUGAGCCCACAAAUGUGCUUGCCCUUCUCCAAUCCCAUGUUUCUGUAGAUGACCUGUGGGGGGACCAGAGUCUGGAGGGGGAGCCAGGUCUGCCCCCUGGCUGGAGGAAGAUCCGCGAUGCUGCAGGUACUUACUAUUGGCAUGUACCCAGCGGUAGCACCCAGUGGCAGCGCCCAACCUGGGAGCCAGGAGAUGCAGAGUCAGGAACGAGGACGGAGGGAAUUUGGGGACUUCGGCCCCCCAAGGGAAGAUCCUUCUCCAGCCUGGAGAGCUCACUGGACCGGAGUAACUCUCUGUCCUGGUAUGGAGAGGAAUCCCACAUCCAGAGAAUGGAGCCGGGGGCCAAGUGCUUUGCAGUCCGCUCUCUGGGCUGGGUAGAGGUACCUGAAGAGGACUUGGUGCCAGGGAAGAGCAGUAUCGCAGUCAAUAACUGCAUCCAGCAGCUGGCCCAGACCCGUAGCCGGGGCCAGCCCCCAGAUGGUGCCUGGGGCGAGGGCCAGAACAUGCUGAUGAUCCUGAAGAAGGAUGCCAUGAGUCUGGUGAAUCCCCUGGACCACAGUCUCAUCCACUGCCAGCCUCUGGUGCACAUCCGUGUAUGGGGUGUGGGCAGCUCCAAGGGCCGUGACAGGGACUUCGCUUUUGUGGCGGGUGACAAAGACAGCUGUAUGCUCAAGUGCCAUGUGUUUCGCUGUGACGUCCCUGCCAAGGCCAUUGCCAGCGCCCUGCAUGGACUCUGUGCCCAGAUCUUGUCAGAGCGAGUCGGGGUCAGUGGCGAUUCCCCUUGCUGCUCUCUAGACCCCAUCUCCCCUGAAGACCUGCCUCGGCAAGUGGAGCUACUCGAUGCCGUGAGCCAGGCUGCUCAGAAGUACGAGGCCCUGUUCAUGGGCACCUUGCCGGUCACCAAAGCCAUGGGUAUGGAUGUACUAAACGAAGCCAUUGGUACCCUCACCACCCGUGGGGACCGGGAUGCCUGGGUCCCUGCUAUGCUCAGUGUAUCUGACUCUCUUAUGACGGCACAUCCCAUUCAGGCAGAGGCUGGUGCAGAGGAGGAGCCACUGUGGGAGUGCCCUGUGCGCCUCGUGACCUUUAUUGGUGUUGGCCGUGAUCCACACACCUUUGGCCUCAUUGCCGACCUGGGCCGUCAGAGCUUCCAGUGUGCGGCCUUCUGGUGCCAGCCCCAUGCGGGGGGACUCUCCGAAGCUGUGCAGGCUGCUUGCAUGGUUCAGUACCAGAAGUGUCUUGUGGCCUCUGCAGCUCGAGGCAAGGCCUGGGGUGCCCAAGCCCGUGCCCGCCUGCGGCUCAAGCGGACCAGCUCUGUGGACUCCCCAGGAGGUCCCCUGCCUCUCCCCUUGCUCAAAGGAGGGGUUGGGGGUGCAGGGGCAGCCCCUCGAAAGCGGAGUGUCUUCUCCUUCCUUGAUGCCUUCCGGCUGAAACCUUCUCUGCUCCACAUGCCCUAAGUUAAUUGGGGACGACUGGGGAAGGAGGCUCUGGGUCCAGGCCCAGCUCUAUCCCUUCAUUCCCCAGGGACCUGCAGCCUCUCACCCAUCAGAGCCUUUUCUGCCUGCCCCACUGACCCUUGUCCACUCUCUAUUUAUUGUUUAUAUAUGGAUGAUUGAGAGGCCCUGCACCACAACCUAGGCCCCUGGCUCUCCUCUCCCUGGGUCCUUGUUCUUGCCCCUCUUAAACCCUGGACAGUUGGCUCUACCUCAGCAACACUUUAUAAAAAAAUCAGUACAAAUAAAAAUCCCUCAGUGACCUCA